AUGGGUGGAGAAAGCAAUAUGUCGGGAUGUAGCUCUGUGACUACUGGGUCUUCUCGAAGGAGGGUUUUCUGCAAGUGUGGAGUUCAGGCACCGUUGGUAACUACUUGGACGAACGAAAAUGGCAACAUUGGAAGGCGCUUCUAUGGGUGUGGAAAGUUCCAGGAUCAAAAGAGGAGGCAAUGUGACUUUUUUGUGUGGUAUGAUGAGAAUGAAGGCAACCCACGUGACAAGAAGAUAAUUGCAGGCCUUCUUCGUAGAGUUGAGGGGAUGAAGAAGAACCAAGCUGUGUUGAUGAAGUUUUGUGUUCUGGGAUGGUCAUUAUGUGCAUUUAUGUUGAUUGUAACUGUGUCACUAAUGAUGAAACUGAUGAAGUAG